AUGAUUCAACCUAUCCUCUUGCUUGUUACAAUCUUGACUACAGUGCAGACAAAAUCUUCCUUAUUUCACCCACCUAAUAUCCAAGGCACAUGGCAAACUCAAAGUCAAUCAGUCAUCACGGGCUCCCAAUUCUUUAAACCGGAAAUUGAAUACCUAAUUGAGCCUAAUCAACCAGGAAUUGCAUACGCAUUUGACUUGACUACAAUGACUUAUGAAACUGCUCAAUACCUCGUUUUUGCAAAUGCUCAAAAUCAUUCUUGUGCUUCUGCUCAAUUAUUUUGGCAUCAUGGGAGAUUAAAGAUCAAACAACAUAAAGUGCAGGUCUCAAAUAAGAAGAAGCAGAAGCAGAAGCAACGUAAAAGUAGAGACGAGGACAAGAGUCGCGGUGAUGAUGGAGAGGAAGAGGCUCAAUUUACAAUUUUCCUUGAAUCUAUACCCGAUGACUCCCGCCAAUUGGUUAGUGAUCCAUGUUUGGAUGAAGGAACACUGACGUAUCAACGAUACAAGGGCAAUGUAAAGGAAGUAUGGAGUGGUGUUUACAAGUAUGAUGCGUAUGUCGGAAAGUGGUGUUUGAUCUUGUAUGAUGAGUUUGGUGACACUGGACGCAAAAUUUGGAUGUGGUUGAAAUCGAGAGAUGUUGAAAUGUUGCCUAGAGGAAGAGUUACCAGGAAAAAGAAGGUUUAUGUUGAUGCAUAA